GGAAGUGCCGCGAUGAAUUCCCUCUCUUUAAACCUGUUCUUACUUGCACCGUAUCUGGUGGCCGUGGAAUACCGAGGUCUGGCGAGGAAGAGGGGGGGGCAGUGGGCAGCGUCUGUGAUGAUGGGAUACGCAAGAGUAGAGCAUGUAUAUCUUUAGGAUCCAAGACCCGAGCCAUUGGGAAUGCAGCAAAGAGCCAGAUUGUCACAAAUGUAAAAAAUGCAUUACAUGGUUUCAAAAAACUGCAUGGAAGAGCAUUUGAAGAUCCUUACAUACAAGCUGAGAGGGCCAAACUUCCCUAUGAACUUCAGAAGAUGCCUAAUGGCUCCGUGGGAGUAAAGGUGAGAUACCUUGAUGAAGAGAGACUUUUUGCAGUUGAACAGAUUACAGGAAUGUUAUUGGCCAAACUGAAAGAGACUUCAGAAAGUGCUUUGAAGAAGCCAGUGGCAGACUGUGUAAUCUCAGUCCCUAGUUUCUUCACUGAUGCUGAAAGAAGGUCUGUAAUGGCAGCUGCGCAGAUUGCAGGAUUAAAUUGUCUGAAGCUGAUGAAUGAAACUACCGCAGUUGCAUUAGCCUAUGGAAUAUACAAGCAAGAUCUGCCAGCCUUGGAAGAGAAGCCAAGAAAUGUGGUCUUUGUAGAUAUGGGACAUUCUGCAUAUCAGGUUUCCAUCUGUGCUUUUAACAAGGGAAAACUGAAGGUCUUGGCUACUACCUUUGACCCUUUUGUAGGUGGUAGGAAUUUUGAUGAGGCUUUGGUAGACUACUUCUCUGAAGAAUUUAGGACAAAAUACAAACUGAAUGUAAAAGAGAAUCCGCGAGCACUGUUGCGAUUGUAUCAGGAAUGUGAAAAGCUCAAGAAGCUUAUGAGUGCAAAUGCUUCUGACCUUCCACUCAAUAUUGAGUGCUUCAUGAAUGACCUUGAUGUCUCCAGUAAGAUGAACAGAGCUCAGUUUGAGCAAUUGUGUGCUGCCCUUCUGGCCAGAGUGGAGCCUCCUCUAAGAGCAGCCAUGGAUCAAGCAAAACUUCAGCGUGAAGAUAUCUACAGUAUAGAAAUAGUAGGUGGGGCUACUAGAAUUCCAGCAGUGAAGGAACAGAUCUCUAACUUUUUCUGUAAAGAGAUAAGCACCACACUAAAUGCUGAUGAAGCUGUUGCAAGAGGCUGUGCCUUGCAGUGUGCAAUUCUUUCCCCAGCUUUUAAAGUGCGUGAGUUUUCCAUCACAGAUGUUGUUCCUUACUCUGUAACAUUGAGAUGGAAAUCAUCUUAUGAAGAAGGAACAGGGGAGUGUGAAGUCUUCAGUAAGAACCAUGCUGCUCCAUUCUCAAAAGUAAUUACUUUUCACAAGAAAGAGCCUUUUGACCUGGAAGCUUAUUAUACUCAUCCGCAUGAAGUGCCUUAUCCUGAUUCCAGAAUAGGGCGUUUCACUAUUCAGAAUGUUGGUCCCCAACCUGAUGGCGACAGUUCAAAAGUGAAGGUGAAAGUGCGUGUCAAUAUCCAUGGCCUUUUCAGCGUGGCUAAUGCUUCCAUAAUAGAGAAGCAGAACAUAGAGGGGGAUCACAACGACACACCCAUGGACACUGAAUCAUCAAGUAAGAACCAAGGCAGAGAUGAAGAGCUGGUAUGUAAACUUGGAAAUAUCUACACUGUAAUUCUGAUAAGAGAGCCAAUAAUU